AAAUGUGUGUUUUUAUUUGAAUUGAUAGAUUGCCGCGGUACUGUGUAGAUAUUGUUCAAGUUACAGCAAGUUUAAGGUUGUCAUGUGCGGCCCUCGUGGAAGUAACAGGAGAUAGGAAAACUGUAUCAUUGAUAUCCAUGCUUGUACUGUAAUUGUCAGGCAUCUCCGUUGUGCUAUUCUGUCUUCAUUACUUUAACAUGCAGACACCUACCAACAACAAAAGUGGACAUUUUGUUGCUUGUAAGGACUCUCUCUCCUAAUAUCUACAGACAGGCUCAGUUUUUUUUUCAGCCUUCUUGUAUGCAGGGAGCUGUUGCAAUCAUACCAGUCUAGACAGGUCUUUUGUGAGAGGCUUAUUUUUUGAAUUGGAUAUUAUCUUCUCACUAAAUUACUUACGUCGUGGAUAUUAUUUUCUCACUAAAUUACUUACGUCGUGAGUCACUCUACACAACAGGUAGAUGUUUUAUUGAUUGCGCAGGAACAGCAAUGGUGCAGGACAUAUUUCCACAGACCAACUUUGAUCCUCUGCUAGUGCAUAUAAUCUGUUAACCUGACUACCAACAUUAGUAGGCAAAUACAGUGGGCAAUUUCACUUUACAUAAUAAAGUGGAGAAUAACAUACUGGAUGCUAGUGUAAUAAAAUAUUAAAGGCAUUUGCCGUUAACAAGGAAAAUAAAUAAACAGUAUAGUGAAAGUGUAAGUUAAUACGUAAAUUAAAUAUUUAAUAUACCCAGAGAAAAGGGGAGUUUUGAACGCUUAAAAUAGAAAGCGAGUCGUGUAGGCAGACCACGAGAGAGAAAGUUGACUUGGUGUGGCUGAGAGAGAGAGGUGUGGAGGGAGACGUUGGUGGACAUAACCUUAUCAUCCACUGCUGCAAAGGAGCAAAGACCCACUGGGAGCUGCCUAUCCAUCCAUUCAUCAACCCGCUGGCUAGGGCAUAUGGAGGUGGAAAGGAUGUAGUGCUAGUAUUGACAGUGGAGGUGGAGCAUCUUCAGGGUGUCCCUUCAGCCAGCCAGUUCACUACCUCUGUGCCACUGACCCACCUCCCUGGCACCCACCACUAUUGGCAUCAUGGCGGGAUUGACGUGGAGAGAGGGCAGGAUAGUCUUGGCACUGGUGGCCCUCUGCACGCUCUGUCAAGCCAGCCAGGCACCCAAUUACAAGUGUUUCCCUUUCUCGGGAACUUCACAAGGAACUAUAGAACCAACAGGGGAUAUUAUCCGUGAAGUCGGCACAUCGUAUGAAGCCUCAUGUCUCUUUGACCCCAACCAAGUAAGAGCAGACGAAGUCUUCUUUAUGCGCUGGGGAAAGACACCCAAGGAUCAGUACCGGAUUCCACACAAAGUAAGUAUAACUCGGCCUGCAUCCUCGGAACUGUCACCACAGAAUUAUUCCCUGCAGUGUCAGCGUUGUUACCCUGUGAUGUAUUUGCCACAGGAUGUGAAGAACUUCACGUGUAUUUCCAAAAAUUGGAAUAAAUUAAAUUGUUCAUGGACUGCUCCAGAGAAUCCCGUCACAGUUCGUUACCAACUCACGUAUGUUGUGCAGGGCUUCUUAGACUCCAGAGAAUGCCCCAAAUCACAAAAGGGAAUUAAUUGGUGCUAUUGGGGUGAAAGUGACUUCAAUGAUAGAAACACGUGGGUUAUGAGAUUAACAGCUAUAAAUCAACUUAAUCAGAAAGGAGUUCAGUUUGAACGUGAAAUAAGUGUUUUUGAAAGUGUACUACCAGAUCCACCAGUGGAAUUGGUAGCUAAAGUGAAUGGCCCUUACGAAGUUAAUGUAACAUGGAAACUACCACACCCAAUUGAUGUGUUUAUUGGUGGCGUUGUUCAUGAAGUCUCGUAUAGAGAACGGCAAGAUGGAGAUCAACCUGAAGAUGUCUCAUGGAUUUUAGUUGAACAAAGGAGGGUUAUUCCUGAUAGGUUUAAAAAGGAAACAUUCAGUCGAGUGAUCACCAAUCUUCAUGCAUACAUCCUCUAUGACUUCCGUGUGCGGCUACACACCGGAACUGGACCUAUCCGACAAAGCAUGUGGUCAGAUGCCACUAUUCGUACCGAGAGGACUGCUGCUACUCGUCCCACAGUAGCACCUUUGACAGACAUUGGCACAUUUGAAAUAGAAGAAACGCUCUCGCAUCGUGACAUUUACAUCAGUUGGCAAAAAGUUGACCCACUGUUCUGGAACGGUCCUAAUUUUUAUUACAAUGUCUCAGUAUUUGAAGUUCAGACUAAUAGGCCUGUUUCUCAUGAAGUUGAUAUCAGAGAUGCUUAUGCCAAAUUUUCCAGCAUGGAUAAGGAUGUUGCUUACAGGUUUGAGAUUAUACCCAUGAAUGAUGAAGGACCCCCUGGUAAUGAUUUAAAAUCAGUUGUUGUAGUACCAGAGAUGACUGCUAUAUUGAAGCCCAUAAACUACUUCAAAGUAUUUGCCUAUGGCGAUUCCAACAACAUUUAUAGCUUGAGGUGGCGUCUUCCUGAAAGUCAGCAAGAAAACCAGAAGAUAAAGAGUUUGACACUCUAUUGGUGCAAGAAAGAUAAAUAUGAAGAACGCUGUCAGAACAAACUUGAAUGGGUGACUAUUGAAGAUCUAAACAUCACAUCCAAGAAUCUUACAGAUCUUGAAAAUUCAUCUCUGUAUAUGUUUGGCAUAUCUGUCAACUCUAACAACUCCUCCAGUGGAAUAAAAUGGCAUACCUGCAUUGCUAGCCAUGGCAGCCGUCCACCACCGCUUGAACAGUUCGAAAUGACCCAUGUGUCUUCAACAGAAGUAAAUUUGAAGUGGAUACUUGACUGUAGAGCUAAAGCAGCAGAGCCCACAGGCUUCAACAUCUCAUACUGUAAAGCCGCAGAGAGCUUGGAGAGCAGAGAGCAGACAGCAGAAAGCUGUCCUCCGGAGACAGGUAUGACAUAUGAAACGGUAUCUGAUGAAACAACUCUUGUGCAUCAGGUGAAGAACCUGCAUCCAUAUACCAAUUACAUCUUCAACAUUGCAAUCCUCACUGAGAUGGGACUUAGCAAGUGGAGCAGGUCCCUACGUGUGCGGACAAAGGCAGACAAGCCCAGCGGUUCUCCACGCCUGCUGGAGGCGAGAGCUGUGGGCCAGGAAUGGGUCUUGCUUGCUUGGGAGCCUCCACUUGAUGAGGAACGCAAUGGUAAGAUCAUAAAAUACGUGGUCAGCUCGAGACCGCCUGUGAAGCCAACAAGUGUUAUUGCCAACAAUACCUCAAAUGUGACUAUGUACAAUGUGACAGACUUAGAACCCUUCACAAAAUACGAGUUCAAAGUUAUACCCUGUUCUCAAGGGGAAAAAUCUGAAUUGUGUGGUGAAGCAGCCGCUUGUCUUGAUGUGAGGACAAGGAUUGGAACUCCUGGCAAGAUUGAGAGCAUAGACCAGGAAGAUCAGCAACUGGAAUGGGAACAUGAUGAAUGCAAUGCCCCAGAUUGUUCUUUUGAGCUACAUUACAGAAUGAAUGGCACAGAGCACCAGUAUAUUUCUGCACCAGGUCAAUUAGCAGCCAACUUUAAAGAUAUGAAUAUUACAUGUACAGAGCACCAAGAGGAAAUCAAUAUUAACAUUCGUGCCAUCAGCAUAGAUGAGGAUGGCAAACAACUGACUGGGCCAUGGAAGGAGAAGAAGAUCACUUGCCAUAUACCAGUGAUGGAAUGGUGGAUCAUUCUCAUCAUAGUUGCGGUGUGCAUCAUUGUCACGCUGAUCCUCGUUGGAGUCGGCACAUAUGGUUGGGACCAAAUCAAGGUGUUCCAGUAUAAACUGAACCUCGAUCUGGAAUUACCAGUUGGCCUUGACCCUAAUGAUAGAAGCUUCCAUCCUGCCGUGGUUGAAGGCAAAACACCAUGGUACAAGAACAUCCAAAUACUUAGAGAAAAGAAAAUAUCAACAAGCACUACCACUUCCAACACUUCGGAGGAACAAGAUCUCAUAAAGCCGGGAAGUGAACGUCAAGGCCGCAACUUAUCGGGUGAUUCUGGAACGUCUGAAGGCGACCCGGGCGACUCCUCGGGCUGCUCAGUGGGAGGCGAGUCCGAUUCAUCAUCUGGGAGUGAUCGUGUUCACCAGUCUUCUGAUUCAGGAACAGUUCAGGAGGAGCCUGGAUUCCCAGCUGAAAAUAAAUGGUCUGGAUCGGUGAGGCUGAGAACGCCUGGUCCACCGUAUGUCCGGCAAGGAAUGCCUGAAAAAAUACCUGAUGUGGGAGGAUAUGUUUCUGUUGGAUCUGUUCCUAAUUUGGCUGGAGGGAUAACAGAAGGACUACUAUCUUUACAGCAAUCAACUCCAAGUCUUGGUCUUGGGACUUUACCAGAAAUGCCUUUAGGAGCUAGACGCACUUCGACUGGAUAUAUUAGCAUGCCUGACACUGAUGCUGAAGGCAUUAACCUACCUUUGGAUGUACUUGGUAAUUUCACCUUUCCUCAUGAGGGGCGAGCACAAAGUGGCUUCCCUGCUUACUCUCGACACAACUUCUCAAGUAAGAAAGGUUCAACACCUGAAUUAUCACAAUAUACAAAGGCAGAAUCAUUGCCAUGGCUAAACACAGGAUAUGUUGCUGUGGCUCAAGCCGACGGUGUGAUGAGAGAGACUCCAAGUGCCGGUGGAUAUGUGGCUCUUGGCGAUGGUAUCGGUGGCAUGAAAAGACAACCUUCUCUUCCUUCACUUCCUUUUGGUAUGGACAAAUCCAUAACUACGCCGGAUGAAGAUCUUCCACCUGGUGCAUACUGCAGGGUUGGUGCUCGUGGUUCACCUGGGCCCCCUCCUGCCUUCUCCACUGGGUAUGUCAGUAUCACUCAGGACUUACCAUCACAGACUACACCAACCAUUACCGCCUCUUCAGUUAAUAAAUCCCCAUAUGUAACAUGUGCAAUGGCAGAAGCAAUUGCAUCACCUAAAAAGGAGCCUGAGAAAGUAAAGACUGACUAUGUAUCUGUUGGAGAAAUGCCAAAUGGUUGUUGGGCUCAACCAGUAGUUCCACCCAGCACAAGUGAAGAGAGUCGAGAAGUGACCUCGGCACCACUAGAAGGUUCGCGGGUUAGACCUUCCUUACCAGCUAGACCAAAUACAUCUGAAACAAACCACAACCGAGCAGGAAAUCGGUGGACUCCCUUGGGACCUUCUCUCUCCAAGCAAAGCUCAGGCUAUGUAUCAGGGAAUGUGUCCCAAGAGACAUUAGCCUUCCAUGAUCCUGUUGUUAUGUCUCCGAAAAAGCUUUUGGCUCGGAGCCAUGAACCUCACUCGGUGGUUUUUUCACCUAAUCACAAGUCAUCAAUGGUGUGAGAUGCAUUUCAUGGUAGUAAAUGGUCUUGCCAUUUUCAGAAUUUAAUUAUUAACAAUUUGAUCAGCCAUUACAUUUUCAGUGCAGUAUGAAAUGUGUUUAGCAAGACAUUUUAUAAUAAACCUUUGGAUUGCUCCAAAGGCAAAGUUACCCUUAAUAUGGGAACAAACUUCCAUUUUUUUCCUCCAAAAACUUGUGUAUGAGGGAAUGCAAACAAUGUUACCAAAUUUCAGUGCAGUGAUGAUCUGAUAAUGGUUUGGUGAAAACUAAUGAGAAAAACUAUAUCUUUAGUGUUUUCUGUAGUGACACUGGGGAUUUAUAGUGCAAAUCUUGUGAGCUUUGCUAAUUAUUGAUCCCUCUGUUAUCAGUGUGGUACACCUUUAGAAAGUACAAAGACUUGCUCUUGGUAGUUGGCGUCAAGCCAGCAGAAUGAGAUGGAAUCUGAUCUAAGAUGUGUUCACAAGGUAGAUAUGCUUUUGAACAAAAUAGGAAAUGAACCUUACUGUUUAUCCAUCCAUAGACAUUUAUUGGAGAUGAGUAGUAACUCAAUGAAGAAUCUCCAGCAUGAAAGCUUCUCUCAUUGAAGGAGCUUAUAUUUAACAGUGUAAAUAAGGUUAGAAAAUUUGCGUAACUAAAGUGAAUUUUUGAAGCUUAAAGCAUUAUUUUUGACUAGAUUGAUCAUAAAAUUGUCACUUUGAGUCAUCUGGAAGAUUGUUUUGUGGGGAUUAUUCAGAAAAAUUAGAGACAUUUUUGAGCCUUGACAAUGAGUUGUUUUUUUUAGCUGGCUGUUCACAAUGCAUUUCUUGCCGACCAAUAUCCUGCUAUGCUCUGGCAAGUGUACACACACACACUCGCGCACUCUCUCUAGAACAAGAGGUACGUAUUUCAACAUUAGAAUGCAGUAAAGGUUGAUUCAUCUAUUUGGUCAGCAAAUGUAUACUUGGACCUCUGUACACAGAUACUAAAUACAGUACAUACUUGUGUACUGUAUAGAGAAAGAAGUCUACAAGAAGUUUCAUCUUUACACCAUCCUCAAUCUCUGCUGGCAGUUCAGUGUGAACCGCUAAUGCUUAGGGUGAUUCAUAUUCAGGCAUUAGGAUCUGCACGGGAGACAAGUGAUGUGUAGUCCUAAGCCGAUUAUGUCUGCUAAGCUCAGUGCCAAGUAGUUAUUCAUGUUUUGAGAGUUUAAGCUACACUUCCCAAUGCUCAAUAUGUCUCAGUUUCAAUACUCAGUUUGCAUAUGUAUGGGAGAAUUCUGGAUCCAGUUGCUUAUUUUUGUUACAGUGUAGCAUCAUGUACAAGUAUAGAGAAGAUUUAUUGGUACAUCCCAUCUUGUCAUUUCCUUUAAACAGUAUCAGAAAAGAUAUCAUAAAAAGCACCCCAUGAUUUUUUAAUAGUUAUGAAAGGUACCAUAAUGUGAAUUAUUUCUCAUUUAAUAUAGUGUUUCUAAGCCAUGCAAUAUUAAUUUACAAAUAUAUUGUUUCUAAUCAAGAUACUGUGAGAAACAGGAUGGCAUGUAAAAAAAAAACCUCCACUGUACCUUUGAGAGACAGUG